GUUGCCAUACCGCAUUAGCACAACAAGGUGAACGCCGGAUUCAUAGACGUAGUUAAUUCAGUGGUGGUAAUAUAUAGAAGAAAGAGUGUGUAUAAGGAGAUAGUACAUGAAGAUAGAAUUAGUUCGUAGAAAGAAAGAUUUGAAGUGAUUUUAAUCUCUUAGUUUAAAGGAAGACAGAGAGUGUAUACAUCUACUUCAGGAGGGAGGGUGGCGUUACUGACCAGCAAACAUGAUGGCGGGGAGAUAACUUCAAUCCACCCAUGUCUGUAGGGCAGAACAUUUUGUUAAAUUACGGCUCCUUACGGUCUGGUGGAAUGUCACGAACUAGUGGUAUUGAUGAUGAUUUAUCAUGCAAAAUACCUCAUUAAAUCGUGUUUAGAAUGUUAAAUUGGUUUAACUUCUUGCCCAGUAAUCCUAUUACAAGCAAACUAGACAAUCCGAUAAAUAAAAAUAAAAAAAGACGAAGCCUACUCAAGACCCUAUAAAAUCUUAAAAAGGCUCCAAUAGCGUCGACAAAAAAGGGAGACAGUCAUUUGUGUAUCAUAACACUGCUUUUAGCACUAUAAUUUACAACUACCUAUUCUCAUACUCUGGAUGUGCACGAUCAGAACCGAAAAUGCAAACCUAUAUGAAACGUAUGCAUGAUGCUGGCGAAUAUCCCAUUUCAUUUAGUCAUCGAACAGGUCUACCAGGUGUUCGACGUUUAUCUCAUCCAAGUUUCAAUGGAACGACUUGUAGCAACGGAGUAUAUAAUAUAGAUAAUACGGCAUCAAAACAGCAUCAAAGCAGUCGUUCUCAACAGUACCGAAAACUAAAGACAGAAGUUAAUUCCAACGUUAUACUCGGUCGAUCGCGUAUUCAAGGAUUGGGUUUAUUUGCUGCACGGGAUUUGGAACAACAAACCAUGGUAAUUGAAUACGUAGGAGAGUUAAUCCGCUUAGAAAUAGCCAAUAAAAGAGAAAAGAACUAUGAAGCUCAUAAUAGAGGCAUAUAUAUGUUUCGUCUUGAUGAUGAUACAGUAAUCGAUGCGACUGUUUGUGGAGGACUCGCCCGAUAUAUUAACCAUUCCUGCCAACCAAACUGCCUCGCCGAGUUCGUCAACUUCGGUGGUCAUUCACAUAUUGUGAUAAUUACUAACAGACGGAUAAAAAAGGGUGAAGAGUUAUGUUAUGACUACAAUUUUGACUUCGAAGAUAGAAGCGACAAAAUUCCUUGCCUUUGCAGAGCUCCAAACUGUCGAAAAUGGAUGAACUAGUAGCUUUGUAAAUCUUUGUUUGCAAUACUUUUUGUGAGACAAUUGUUGUAGAUAGGUAUGCUCCGAUUCCCUAGAUUAUUAUUCAACCCAGUCUAGUGCUUCUCAAUAACCAUCCAGUAUAGUUUAUAGUGCCUUUACAUACUUCACUUGGAUUUGUACAUUUCAUGCCACUUAGUAUUCUG